ACGUACGCGUUGAUUAUAAAUUGGAAAUAUGGCCUUAGGUUGUUGAGCACACACAUGAUUUGAUACAACAACUUAACUUGAAAUAUUCUAUGCUUGGAGUGAUGAUGAUGAAUGGUGUAGUUUAUGUGGUGUUGAUGGUGCAGGUACUUGCAUGGACGAGCAGUGCAGCGGUGGUGGCAAGUGGGAAGUGCAUUGAGAGUGAAAGGCAAGCUCUGCUUUCUCUCAAACGUGGCUUCAAUGUGACCGAUGAUGAUGAUUGGCUGUCUUCAUGGGGAGAUGGGGAGCAGCAGAAGGAGUGUUGCAUCUGGGAAGGCGUCAAGUGCAGCAAUGUAACUGGCCAUGUUCUCAUGCUUCAUCUCCAUGGUUAUCACUUUGCUGGCUCCAUAAGUCCAUCACUGGGUGAGUUACAUCAUUUGAAGUAUUUGGACCUUAGUGGUAAUCGUUUUACUCACACCCCAUCCCUCCCUCCUUUCAUUGGCUCUUUAACCUUUUUAACACAUCUCGAUCUCUCUUCUUGUUACUUUGGUGGAAAAAUGCCACCCCAACUUGGAAAUCUCUUAUCCUUGGAACAUCUUGAUCCAAGUUACAAUGCAUUCACCGGAACCAUUCCUAGUCAAUUCAAAAAUAUUUCCCGUUUGCAGUAUCUUGACCUUGAUUCCUUGUACAUGAUGAGUUCUGAUUUACAAUGGCUAUCUGAACUUUCAAUCCUGAGGUAUCUUUCGCUUGCUUGGGUGAAUCUAAGUGGUGCCAGCAAUUGGCAACAACAAGUGAGUAGCCUUUCUCAUCUUCAAUAUUUAGACUUGCAUGGUUGCAAUCUUGUUGAUUCCGUGUCCAUUUCAUCCCCCGCUAAUUUCUCCACUUCUCUGUCUUUUGUGGAUGUCUCUAACAACUCUCUAAGGGAUGCAUCCUUGAUGUUCCCAUGGUUAAUGAAUUCCACUGGUAGGCUUGAGGAGUUAAAUCUUGCAAAUAAUGAGCUCAAAGGCCAAAUACCUGUAUCCUUGUUUCAUAGUUGCAAUUUGGUAGAACUAGACCUAUCCAAGAACAACUUGAUAGGGGACUUUCAUGAAUAUAUUCGAGAGUUUUCUCGUUGUGCUCAUAAACCCUUAAAAUUCUUGGAUAUGGGAUGGAAUGAAAUUACGGGGAUGGUGCCUGACCUCUCUCACUCUCAGCUUCAAUCUUUGCAUGUGUUACGACUUGAUAACAACAGGUUAAGUGGAACUAUACAUGAAGGUAUUGGACAACUAUCCAACUUAACUCACUUAAACCUUGGGAAUAACUUCCUGACAGGUUUGAUAACUGAAGCUCAUUUCUCAAGACUUUCCACUCUUUACACUUUGGAUUUGUCUCAUAAUGCAUUGGCUUUUAAUGUUAGCGUCGAUUGGAUUCCCCCUUUCAAUUUAAUUAACAUUUAUUUGGCCCGUUGCAAGUUGGGGCCUGACUUUCCAACAUGGCUUCAUACCCAAACCAUGAUUGACUAUUUGGAUAUUUCCUGUGCUGGAAUUUCUAGCACUGUUCCAAAUUGGUUUUGGGAACCUCUUCCUCAGAUGAUGUAUUUGAAUAUUUCUCAUAACUGUUUUCGAGGAAAAAUUGAAGGCCCAAUUCUACCAGCUAUUGUUUCUGACCAAGGUCUUUCAAUUGAUUUGAGCUUCAAUUUAUUUGAAGGCCCAAUUCCAGCAUUCCUUUCAACUGCUUCUCAAACUUUUUUCUCCAAUAACAUAUUUUCAAUUGCAGAUCCUCUUUUAUGUGCAAACUCGACCAAAUACAUGAGAUUUAUGGAUUUGUCAAACAACGAUCUAAGAGGAGAACUUUCGGAUUGUUGGAGGGGUUUUGAGUUAUUGGUCGUCCUAGAUUUAUCCAAUAAUCAGUUGUAUGGAAAUAUGCCAAAAUCUCUGGGGUCUUUAAGAAAUAUCCAGUCAAUACAAUUUGAAGGCAAUAAUUUUUCAGGAGAGAUACCAUCAUCCCUGAAUAAUUGCACACAACUACAAAUUUUUGAUGUUGCAGAUAAUAAGUUGUCAGGAAGAAUACCAAGCUGGAUUGGAGAUAAUAUUCCAAACCUACUUGUACUUAGCUUACGUUCCAAUAAUUUUCAUGAUCCUCUUUUAUGUGCAAACUCGACCAAAUACAUGAGAUUUAUGGAUUUGUCAAACAACGACCUUAGAGGAGAACUUUCGGAUUAUUGGAUGAGUUUUGAGUUAUUGGUCGUCCUAGAUUUAUCCAAUAAUCAGUUUUAUGGAAACAUGCCAAAAUCUUUGGGGUCAUUAAGAAAUAUCAAGUCAAUACAUUUAGGAGGGAAUAAUUUUUCAGGAGAGAUACCAUCAUCCUUGAAUAAUUGCACACAACUACAAGUUUUUGAUGUUGCAGGUAAUAAGUUGUCAGGAAGAAUACCAAGCUGGAUUGGAGAUAAUAUUCCAAACCUACUUGUACUUAACUUACAUUCCAAUAAUUUUCAUGGUAACAUUCCAUUAAGCAUGUGCAAUCUUCAUGAACUCCAUGUCUUUGACCUCUCUCUCAAUACUCUCUCUGGCAAUAUACCUAAAUGCAUAUGUAAUCUUUCUGCUAUGGCCACUCUUGCAAAUUCAAAUGCAACCAUUACCGAUAAUUUUACCAUCGGAAUUUAUAAUGAUAGCACAUCACUCAUAUGGAAAGGAAAAAUGUCAAAAUAUAGAAGCACCCUGGGAUUCUUGAGAAGUAUUGAUUUCUCCAGCAACAGAUUAACAGGGAAAAUACCAAGUGAGAUGAUGACUCUUAUUGGCUUGGUUUCUUUAAAUCUUUCAAGGAAUUUGUUUAGUGGACACAUUCCUCCAACUAUUGGACAGCUGAAGUCAAUAGAUUUUCUUGAUCUAUCCAGAAAUCAUUUGUCAGGAACAAUUCCUUCACAGCUUGCUCAGAUUGACCGUCUCAGUGUUCUUGACUUGUCAUACAAUGAUUUAUCUGGAGAAAUCCCACUUGGCACGCAACUUCAAACUAGGGAUGCUUCUGAUUAUGCAGGAAAUCCAAAACUUUGUGGUGCUCCCCUCAACAAUACUUGUCCCAUUCAUGGUCACCAGAUCAGUGAACAUGAUGCUGAUGGUGAUGAUGAUGAACAAUUUGUAAGCGAGGGGUUCUACAUUGCUAUGGCUGCUGGAUUUGUUAUGGCAUUUUGGGGAGUUUGCUUCUCAUUGAUUUUGAAGAAAUCUUGGAGAUAUGCUUAUUUCAAGUUGUUGAGUGAUGUCUAUGACAAGCUCUAUGUAUUUACAGCGAUCAAGGUGGCCAAGCUGAAAAGGAUCAGAUCUCAAAUAUGAAGGCAGAAUCUUCAUGCAUGUGUAUCCAUUUGGAAGGAGACCAAUAACAUUUAGAGAUGCAGUUAAUAUAAUAAGUGUUAUGUUUGCAUAUUCUAGCCCUCUUUUUAGGUUUUCUGCUGUAGCUACAGGGUGUUUGUUUUGUUAUAUUGGUGUGAUUGUAAAACUUGGCCUUUGUUUUAUUGCUGUAAUUUAUUUUCAGGAACGAUAUUAAGUGUUAGUUAUUGUGGACUUGUGGUAGUUCUGUUUU